AUGGACAGAAAAUCGAAAAAGAACAUUCAAGGCAACAUGGCUGAUGAAGACAGAAGGGUGACGUCACUAGCCUUCAUAAAGGUUUACUCAAUCCUGACAUUCAUUCUUUCUUUCUUUCUUUCUUUCUUUCUUUCUUUCUUUCUUUCUUUCGUUCUUUCUUUCUCUUUCUUUCUUAAUUUCUUUAUCUUUCUUUAUUUCUUUCUUUCUUUCUUUCUUUCUUUCUUUCUUUCUUGGUCCUCUUUCUUUCUUUCUUUCGUUCAUUCUUUCUUUCUUUCUUUCUUUCUUGGUCUUUCUUUCUUGGACUUUCUUUCUUUCUUAGUCUUUCUUUCUUUCUUUCUUGGUCCGUAUUGGUCUUUCUUUCUUGGACUUUCGAUCUUUCUUAGUCUUUCUUUCUUCCUUUCUUGGUCUUUCUUGAUCUUUCUUUCUUGGACUUUCUUUCUUUCUUUCUUAGUCUUUCUUUCGUUCUCUUUCUUUCUUUAUCUUUCUUUCUUUCUUUCUUUCUUUCUUUCUUUCUUUCUUUCUUUCUUGGUCCGUAUUGGUCUUUCUUUCUUGGACUUUCUAUCUUUCUUAGUCUUUCUUUCUUUCUUUCGUUCAUUCUUUCUUUCUUUCUUUCUUUCUUGGUCUUUCUUUCUUGGACUUUCUUUCUUUCUUAGUCUUUCUUUCUUUCUUUCUUGGUCCUCUUUCUUUCUUCCUUUCUUGGUCUUUCUUGAUCUUUCUUUCUUGGACUUUCUUUCUUUCUUUCUUAGUCUUUCUUUCGUUCUCUUUCUUUCUUUAUCUUUCUUUCUUUCUUUCUUUCUUUCUUUCUUUCUUUCUUUCUUUCUUGGUCCGUAUUGGUCUUUCUUUCUUGGACUUUCUAUCUUUCUUAGUCUUUCUUUCGCUCGUUCUUUCUUUCUUUCUUUCUUUUUCUUUAUUUCUUUGGUUCUUUCUCUUUCUCCUUUCUUUCAUGAGCUUUCUUUCUUUUUUCUUGCUCUUUUUCUUUCGUGCUUUCUUUUUUCUUUCUUUCUUUCUUUCUUUCCUCCUUUCUUUCUUUCUUUCUCGCCAUUCUUUUUUCUUUCUUUUUUCUUUCAUGGUCUUUCUUUAUUCAUUUCUUUCUCAAGUUUUCUUUUUCUUCCUUUUCUUAAUUAUUAA